CGUGAUUCAUUGACAUAUGGGUGAAAAAACACGUGUUUAUUGUUCUAUUUUUUAAAUUGAUAUUUUUUCUUACAUGCAAUAGAUUAAAAUAAAUAAAUAAAUGUUCCUUCGAGGUAUUAAAUUAUUAAAAAUGUAUUGUAAAUGGAAAUCAUCUUAUAUUAACUGUAAUGGUGAAUCUAAUUGUUUAUCUAUAUUAUAACAAGUUAAAUAAAUCCAAUUUAUAUCCAUUGCAACGUAUGAUGAGUACUAAUAACCAAAAUAAUCACAUGGUUUGGAUAGAUAUGGAGAUGACAGGAUUGGAUAUAAAUACGUGUCACAUCUUAGAAAUCACUUGUUUAAUCACUGAUAGUAAUUUAAAAAUCAUAAGCGAUAAAUUGAAUAUUGUAAUAAAUCAACCUGAUUCUAUUUUAAGUACUAUGGAUAAUUGGUGUAAAGAGCAUCAUAAAAAGUCAAAAUUAAUCGAUGAUGUUCGUAAUAGUAAAAUUUCGUUGAAAGAUGCAGAACAAACUGUAUUAAAAUUUUUGAAAAGUUACGUUCCAAGAGGCAAAUGUCCUUUGGCUGGUAAUUCUGUUUACAUGGACCGUUUAUUUUUAAUAAAAUACAUGCCAUUAGUUCACGAUUAUUUACAUUAUAGAAUUAUAGAUGUUAGCACGAUUAAAGAAGUUGCAAGGAGAUGGAAUUCGCAAAUAUAUUAUUCUGCUCCUCCAAAAACAUAUCAGCACCGAGCAACUUUCGAUAUUUUAGAAAGUAUCAAAGAAUUGGAUCAUUAUAAAAAUUGUAUAUUUACGCCGAAGAAUUCUUAGGAGGUAAUUUAUUUUUCGGAAACAAAUGUACAUAGACGUUUUAAAAAUUGGACAUUUUACAAUAUUUCCAUGGACAAUUUUUUGGAUUGUUAUUUACAUUCCCUACACCGGGCAAAUCGAAUACACUACUACUCUAUUGAAUAAACUCUUUCAAAAAUAUCUUAAGUUAAUAACAAUUGUCUCAAAACGUUUACUUUAUAUUAUUAGUAUUUUUUUGUUUCUUACUAGAUUGGUG